UGGUAUUGAAGAAAACUGACCACGGAGACUGCCCUGCGCAGAGGUGAGAUGAAACUAAGGGGGCCGAAUGCACAAACGGUUUCGUCUAGGAACUGUUAGUCGUUCUGCCUUUCUCCAAUAUGUAGCCGACACGAUUGGACAGAAAUCUGUUGUUUCGAAUCCAUCGACAGCGCACGGACUGCUUUGUGAAUUUCGGCCUGUUUACAAUGACGACAGCGCUGCUCUUAACGACUGCACAGGCGAUGAACGAGCAGUAUGAGAACUACGCGCGGACAAAAACCAAAAAAGAAAUUCAGGAAGAGGACGCGCCCUCAUUUGUUCCCUUUGUCUCGUUAGCUUCUUCUCUUUCUUUUUUCUUUCUUUGUUCGGUUAUUUUGGAAGUGCAACGCACCAACUACUCACCGCAAAAUCCCGACCCAGCGCCCAGAUCCGAGCAAGCAUAUCCUUCGAUUGUUAUCAUAAACUCAUAAAUCUGCGUCCGUUCUUUCUUUCUUUCUUUUUUUUUUCAUAGAGCUUUCAGAGCGCCGCUGAUGAGCACAGUACGCAACACAACAAAAUAUAUGUUCGCUUUCAUUUAGCGCUGUCCCUGUGGCAAUGAGAGUGUCGAAACGCAAGAGCAGGUAUAGAAGAAAGGAAGGAGAGGGUGCGAAGUAGAGGGUGUGUUGACUGUCUAGGUUGCUUACCACGUGCUGUCACACCCGCAGUAAAACCGUAAAACUGCAACCAGCAAGCGCCCCGGGAUUUUACGCGUAUUUCGACCAGUUCUCGUCACGCCCUCGACUUAGCGCACCGGGCUCGUUCGCUGGGACCCCGGGCGGGACAACGGGAGAGGGCGGGAGCGCGCGCGCGAUGUGCGCGUGGACAGAAAGAGAGGAGGUAGCGAGGGAGAGAGAGGCCCGCACCACGUGGUGCCGUGCACGGCUCCCCGAUGUCCGCGGGCCGCAGCAGUCGCCGGCGCUGGCGCCUCGCGUGGAGGAGCCGGCUUGUCGAGGCUCGGUGUCGGCAAACGCGCGAGAGGAGCAUCAUCCCAGCGAGCAGCAGCCGCGCGCCGGGUUCGAGCUCCCCUCCAGGGGGCUGAUUGCGGUCGUCACGCCGGCUGGUAAAGCACGACGGAUUCCGGAACGCCAGGGAGGAGGAUCCAUGGAGAGACGCGACCCUGCUGCUGUUGCUGCUGCGUUGUCAUGGAGUACUUCCUGGAAAAGCUGCGAAUGUCCCGUUCUACCAAGGAUGAUGAGACCCCUCCCCCGUCACCUUACGCAGACCAGGAGCGAAGGCCGUCGAGGCUCCUGGGCUGCCAGCUUCACUACCCGUCCCCGACCUUCAUCGACAGGGUACUUCUGGCCCGGUCGCUCAAGGUGCGGCGCACAGAAGGUGAAGGCGUGGCCGAGUUCAGCAACAGCGAGUUUGUUCAAGAGUGCCUGCGCACGCACAACGAACUCAGGCUCCGGCACGAGGUGCCUCCGCUGCGGCUCUGUUCCAAGCUCUGUGACCUGGCGCAAUAUUGGGCCAACCACCUGGCCCACACGGACGACUUCUACUACCGGAAGUUCAGGGACGUCGGAGAGAACCUCUUCUGCCGCUGGUCAUACGUGCCGGACUUCGACGUCACAGGAGAUCAAGUCGCCAGGUACUGGUACAGUGAGAUCAGGUACUACGACUUCCUGCUCGACCCGUCCAUACUCCACGUUCAGGCCGGCCACUUCAGCCAGAUGGUGUGGCGCAGCAGCACCACCUUCGGCGUAGGCAAGGCCCGCACGCGCUCGGGCAAGAUCAUCGUGGUCGCCAUGUACAAGCCGGCCGGCAACGUGCUGGGCGAGUUCCACAACAACGUGCUGCCCCAGCCGCCCGCCGACGAAGACGAGGAGAGCCUGUCGCCGCAGCUGAGCGACGUCGCAGCCGCAGCGUCCGCCGUCGCAGCCGCCGCCGCUUCGUCUCCGUCGUCGUCGUCUUCGUCUCGGUCCCCCCGAUGAGCCGCGUUCCCCCUAGCGGCCACCGCAAUACGUCAUCCGCGGUCUCGAGGUCCAACUGAGGCGCCUCAUAUACGUAGAGUUCCCUGCAGAAAUUACCGGAGGGAAUUGCGGGAACUGGCGGGAGUACGACUGUUCAGCCAGCACGGGAACGAUGGGUGUAUACCAUGUAGUACGUGGAUUGUGCCUAAACUUUGUCUUUCCGGCUUCGAAUGGCCUUGCGACUUUGAAAAUAGUAUGUUGCGCUAUGAAUGCAACCAUUCGCAAUGAGCAUGCAUGUGCGUAGAGUCUAAUUGCCUUCGUGCGUUUAAAUAAAUAUAAUUUUUUUUUAGAUUUUAUAAAGAUAAAGCCUAUUUUUAAAAAAAAAAGCGCACACAAUAAAGUCGGAAGCCGCAAGCACGAAGAUUAGACAAAUGCACGCACUGACCACUAUUCCAAUGGUAGCUGAGCGAUCGCAGCGCCAGAGCUUCCUAUAUAGUAAUGUUUUGUAGGGAACACUGAGACUCCAUCUGAGCUUAACGAAAGCGCCGGUGCCGCCCUGUUCUCUUCACGCUGGGCGGAUUGUACAUACUAUGUAGCGUUGCUUGGAGCACGUUCCUCGCGGGUUUAGCGUCGGUGCAGAUGCCGUGUAACAGUGUGUUGCAGCGGUGUGCGUGUCUGCGCACUUCAGAAAAGGUGGCUUCGCGCUCUAUAGCUUCGAGUGCGUUCGCUAUAGCUAUACCGCGCGUGCGCUGUCACGUGAGCGGGUCCUUGUUCCUGCGCAUUGCAGGGACGGAAUUCUCUCGUGAGAUAUCGCAUUCUAGUCAAUUUCUGAUCUCUUCCGAAUUUCCACCUAUCGCUUACGCAGAAAUUCUGGACAGCGCAUGACAGCAAUCGCCGCGUAAUGUGAAAGAGGAGAAAAAGGAGGAUUCGCUUCUCGAGGGCCGAAAAAGUUGCUGCGAUACACUGACAUCUGUAAUCACACUACAGCGACUGCCACAUGUGCCACGUCUUGAGAACGUUCAUUUUUAGACGCUCAUUCUAUUUUCGUGCAGGUUAUGUUUUUUUUCGCGCACUCCCCACACUGACGUACUCGUUGAUACAUUGUGUUUGUAUUUACUGAACGAACAGCAGCUGGUCUAUUUCGUGCUUUGGAAGUACUUGAGUAGAAUGUGUACAUUGAGUAGAACUGAACGGAGUGAACGGCAGCAUGGAGGGAGCAAAAUAAGGCAUCUUUUCGGCGCCAGAUCCUAGUCGUUUUAUCACAUCCACUUCACUGUUUCUAGUUUUCUUCGCUCUGACCCAUAUUGAAAACAACUCUGAACGUUGGGACUUUUUCUCAUUGUAUAAACAUUUUGGGACAUGGCAAUGACACAGUCAGAAAAGGCGCUUAUUAUGAUGCGCAUUACAGCUACUUCUGGAAAGCGUAACCCAUUGGCCCUGUAAACAAAAAAAAAACUAUUGGCAUUCCAAUCUACGCAUAAUACCUGUUAUAAAAGUACACCGGAUAUGAAAAAUGAAAAGCCCGGGCGCCAUCAGCUUUAGUAUGUGUUCUAUAGUAAAACAACACGCUUUUCACGAUGUCCACGGGCCACGUUAUCGGUUUUAAGAAUGGAUGUGGCUACUGUGAGCAAGUUUAGAGAGUAAAACGCUGUGCGGGAUCUUGGUGAAAGCGCGAGCCUCAGAAAUGACAACUCUGACGACGACAUGUACAGUACUGCAGCCUGCCCAGGUCGUGUUUUCGCAGGAGGCCGUGUAGAGAUUACCGAGUCGCUACAAAGCUUAGUUUUUUUGCGACUAACUUGUCGCUAAGCUGUGCGGAGCACUUAGAUACUUUAGAGAAACGAGUCAGCAAGCUUUGCGUGAGAUAAGCACAGCUGGCAGAUUAUGGCUAGCUCUGAAACGAUGAAAGUGACAUUCUUUCCUAUGGAUUAAUAUGUUUAAAUAGUUGUCCUGAAUUCUUUUCGCUCAACUCGCUCUUAUUAAUUAUCUGUCAUAAGCAUGUGUUAUCCUUGGCAGUAUAAUAUUAUUAUGAGUUGGGUAAACUGUGCUUACAAACAAAGAAAAAAAACUAGAUGUGUAUACAUCAUAACAUUGCAAGGCUUCUACAGUAUUUUUUGCAGAGGGCGCUGAUUGGGACAACGCGCAAAAUUUGCAGGAAUGAUAGAAGUCACCGCGAAUGCUCGUUGUUCUGGACAGCAGUUUUCAAGAAAUGCUUCAUAUGAGACCUUUGUCACGGAAUGAAAGCACGCGCUGUCGGAACUUCUGCCAGGCCUUGGUUCGGCCAAUGAAACUUUCCAGGGUAGUUGCCACGGUUACUCCUUGCGCAAGAUCGACAUAGGCUUACGCUCGCGGACUUUAAAGGUGCGCAAUCGCUUGAUGUGAUGUAUGCCUGCAAUUGCCCUCAGCUCGCGAGGAGACCAUCAGACACGCCUGAAAGAUUGGUUGAUCAGUGCUAUCAACUACCGCUUUUGUCUCUUGCUCAGCGAGGUUGUUUAGGCGGCCGUGAGAAAGCACUUGUGCUAAAUGCACAAUAUUUUCUGCUACGUACUUAUGGCAAUGGUGGCGGUUUGGGCGGGAUGAUACUUUGUUUCAGAAGAACACUGAAGCAAAGAAAGACACGAGCCGUAGGCAAAAAUUUGAACCUCUGUUUACGUCGCCCUCGUGGGCCAACCUAGUCUGUUUUGUGCAAACAUCCCGAGCUCUUAGCUGCAAACUUCGUGAAAUAUGUAUACUAGAUAAGUUUCGAGAAUGCUGUGAACGUGUGCCUGUAGUAUAGGUAUAAUUGUUGACAUGUGUCUUAUUUAGGCCUGGUCAAUAACGGUCACUCUCUUACUUCUUUCUUUCUUUCUUCUUCUUCUUCUUCACUUGGGCUGAAUGCAGCGUACGGAGUCAUUCCUUUAUUUAUUUAUUCCACGGGAAAGAGCAAAUAUUGAACGGAAGAACAGAAAUUGGAACGAAAAACUCCAGUAAAUGUUGCGGUUGAGCUGGUGUCCCAAACGGUAAGCUCUGUUCCUGUGUAACUGCGCUUUUUUUUUUUUUCCGGGGUGAGGAGGGAGUUUUGAGCUGUUAUUGCGAGGACAAUGGUUGUCGGAAAGCGUCGACCGCGCCGACGGGAAGCACUAGUUUCUGCCUAAGAGCAAGUGUAAAAGCAAUCCACUUCACGAUCGAAGGACUGCGGAAAAAAAAACAAGAAUAAUCAAAAGACAUUGUGAAGAAGAACGAGGCAGCGGGAGGGAGAUCGCGAGAGAGGCAGAUUCAAACCCCGCAAUUCUCGAACAGUUUUUUUUUUUUCUCAGUCAUAUAGCUACAGUGGAAUUGAACACUUAUCUCUCCAAGAAGGUGGGGAAAAAAGCACCCAUAAUACAGGGGGGUCAUAGUAAAAAGAGAACUUCAGUGAUUCCAAGGCCUACCCUGUAUGAUACCUUCGUGCGAGUACGUGCCAUUUCAAUGGGUCAACGAAAAGCUACUACGACAACAACGGUCGUUUCUCUGUCGAGAUCGCUUUACGCGGUGUGUUCAAGGUUUGAUUGAACGACUGCAGCGCAUUGCUCCUCUGCGAGCUAUACUUCCAAGGGCAGGCACGCAAUACGCGAUGGCAUUGUCCUCGACACACAUUAACUGGCGCGUCGACCGCACCAUUGGCGCGCUGUAACGGAGAAAUCGUGCGCGGGUGCAAGGUGAGCCUGCCGCAUCAGAAACGCAUUUCCUCGUCUCCCCGUCCGCCGCGUCCGGUCCGCUGACGUGCGCAAUUGGAACGUCGUUGUCAGAGCUCUGCGCGCCCGCGACGCAUGCCAGCGUUGCCUGCCCGCUUGCCCCGCGAAAUUCGCACGUCAGUAUUAAUGCCGUUUACACCUACCAUCCGCGUGCUAGCUUGAAGCGCAGGAAAAUACCGCAGUCUCGUAACGAAUAGUUUCCGUUUAGAUAGGCUUUUCUUUAUUUUGCAGCGAAGCUGUAUAUGGCUAGCCGAUUCGCCCGUCCGUCUGUUGCCUGUACGCUGACAACUCCUCCGGCGCUACCCCAUGUGCAUGUGCGAAAGGACAUUUAAAAAAAAGAGAGAAGGAGGCACGCGAUUGUCUGCGCCAGUAGUGACGUCGUUGCUCUCCGUCGCAGCGGAGCGAGCGCGCAGCAGUUUCUCUCCGGCUUCGAAACGGGUCGAUCGCGCGUCAUACGUACUCCUGAGAAGCAGGCAGAUUUCGAUCAGCAACGCUGCGAGCAGAACCGGGAACGAGCUCGUCUACGCCGUGCCGAUGCCGCAGCCAGGGCGCAAGAACAAGCUCGUGCAGCCGAGCGCAAGCUGCAACUGCAUACCGAGGAUCUGGCAGCCUACCAAGCCGUCGUUUAAUGAACCGUCGGGAUUAACCUAGCGGUAAACGCCGGGGCCGCACGUUUCAGCUCCGCUGAUUAACCAUCUGUACGGAGUGCUGGGGCGGUGAUUUGUUUUUCGUGUUAUCGUCACGUCUCAACAUCGUUUUACGCCGAAAAUGUAACUACGCGAUGCGUUCACUUGUGCGGUCAGAACCGCAGCUGGCUACGAAAUCUCACAGGUGACGGGUCUGGCCGGGAAAAUCGCUUGCCCAAAGAGGAGGAAAGGUCAAUGGGCAGCCAUUUGCCUGGAAAUGCAGCGUUGGUAGGUGCACUCGUACACUGUAGAAAAUAAAAAAAAAGCUUUGUGAAAAGCAAAACUGAAAAACAAGUAUACCAAUUUUUUAACAUGCUUUUUCUUCUGUUUCCUGUUUCUCACUUGUCUUUUCUAGUUUCACCAACAUCUUCUGUUCAUGACUUGCCAUCCUUCUACAAAAAAGACAUUUUUACAUUAGUAUACUCCCUUAUGACUCUCAUGGAGUACGAAAACGUCAGAUGCAGGGAUGCGCUUUGAACAGAUCAUACAGGUACAGGUAAGCACGCUAUACAUAGAACUUACGAGAUGUGACAAGAACCCCCGGCACUACGCGACAUCUCCGAGCGUGAACUUUACCAGUAUAUAUAGCCAUGAUCUGAGUGGCAUGCCUCGUCUGGAAAGCAGCUUUAUUGAUUUUUUAUUUUAUUUCUCUCUUAAAUUAAGACCAAUUGGCUCGCCAACAGGAGAUCUGCCUAUACUAACGUGGCUGGUCAAGUUGCAGGCAAAGUUUGUAUAUGAGCAGCAAAGAGACGAACAAAUCUCAUUUCGCUCACAGUGCUGACCUACUUUACCGUAGAGGGACCAAUUCUGUUAAAAUAGAGGAAAAAAAAUGUCUCUUUUUGCAACUUCAACUUCAUUUAUUCUUCUAGUAUAAACUAGAAACGUACUCCUGGGCUAAAAGCUCCCAUAAGUUGCUUGACUGGUCCCAGGAGGCCUUGUACAUGACAUGGGCAUAGUAGCUAGUACUUUGUAACAUAGAUAAUUAAUACUAAACAAAAACAGUUCAAAACGUACUAAAGCGAAGACCAAAGUUUAAAAAAGAUCAACUUUAACAUUUUUCAUAUGCAAGCCUCUUGACAGGAUAACUGCACGAGACUGCAUUUUUCUCCAAGCACCACUCAUGCCUUUCUUUUCCUUUUGACGCCUUAUAUCUAAAUAGCGUCCGUAGUUUUCGAACUGUGGCGUUUACCGAAGAAGCGGGAAUGCUACUGGGAAAUCUAGUUCAAUUUCGGCUACCCAAUUAAGCGGACAUAUAGUUGUCCGUAACGCUGGAAGCUACUUCUCGAAGGUUGCGUCGGAGCGGUAUGGUUGACUGAUAAAGAUGGAGACCUUGAAUGAGCCUUUGCUUCACUUCCGGGCCAUCACGAGGUGACAGACGAGGUGUCAACAGGUGGGAAGUGUCGCUUGCACUUUGCAGCUGUAGCAUUAGCAAUAGGCAACCCGACAAAGCUUAAGGAUGGCAGAGAGGGGAGUUCGAGCGGGAAGGUCGUCUCUUUUGUACACCCCCCCCCCCUUCCCUCCGCUCCUCUCAGACGUCACUGCUGGCCAACAAUGUGUGCCAGUUACCCACGUUUCCCAUUGCCUCCGCCUCAACAAACGUGUACGCCCGUGUAUUUCAAAACGCAGUGAAUUGGUGAAUCACUCCGAUUUGGUGAAUCACUCCACGCUCUCUCUCUCUCUCGCUCUCUCUCUCUCUCUUUCUUAAAACGGAGCGUCGUCACGUUCAGCUGAGGCAGCGGCGACCAGCAUGAUAAAGACAGCGGUGUGAAAAGACUGCCGUCAGAACAAGGAAAUCGCGUGAAAAUGCGCGAGAGUGCAAGUUUCAAGGGGCGUUGACGCUGAAGUUUUGAAGUCGCUUGUAAAUGUGCGAUCCCCGGGAGAACUCGGGAAUUGUGUCAGUGUUAAGACGUGCCCCCACAGAAGGCCUGGCGCGAUAAAGAAAUUAUCAGUCAUUCAUUUCGAACAAUGUCCCCUAAUACCCUGAAAUGGUUUCUCUCUCUUCUCAUUCUUUUUCUUUUCCCCUUAAAGGUGUCUUGCUGGCGUCAGGGAUGUACGUACUGGUGCACCCGCUCCUCAGGCACAAAUCUCCAGGGGCUCCCUAGUGUUCCAGCCUACUCGGCUUGUUUUUGUUUUUCAGAUUUCUUCGCUCAGCACAGAGUUUUCGGGCAUUGCACGGUCUAUACUGCUAAGCGAAACGGAGAAAGUAGUAAAAGAGCGUCGAAACGAACCCGUUUCAGUGCCAACUGUCAAGCACAGAGAGUAAGGGCGCUGUCUGCCGGUUGAAAACUGGCUCCUUAUUUUUAUGCUACAGCCUAUCGCCACUAUAAUAGUGCUGCCAGCGAUCGUAUAGCUAGCGGACGAGCCGUAAAACGUAGCUUUCUGUAUGACGUCUAUGCAAUGUCUAUUUUCAAGUAUUUCAUGUUGCUGAGAAAAUUUAGAACAUACAAGGUAGAGUACAAAGUCACCUAUAGCUAAAGCUACGAAUGCGUCGAAGAAUUAGAGCGCAUACAUGAAUUGAGGCGGGUUUCAUCUUCAUUUAGUGAGGAUAAUCCCCUCUACGUAACAGUAUUCUGGAAACGCUACUGUUUUGUUUUUAUAUAUUUAGUGAAACAAGGCGAUUGCUAACUAACGAGUGAAGUAAGCAAUGCUGCGCGUGAGUAUUUUAUUACUUUCACAAGGAAAAUGGAAAAUCGCCCGCUUUGCGCAGCAUCGCUUCUUGGGCUCACGAACAAUAUAAACUUCGUCAUUAAAUAUGCAUCGACUGAAGCAAUGCUCUACAGCGUAGUCUCUAUGGCAAUUAAAUGCAGCCCCUCUCUAUUUCUUACUUCAAUUACACUUCUUGAAAUUCUACCUUUGCAGAUGCAUUUUUAAUGAUGUACACAGUCAGAGGUAACUAGCAUGUGACAAAUUGCAUCGCUCAGUUAUGUCACUGACACAUUCUAAAUCAAUAAUUUCUCAGGUGCUAGAGUUUGGACAUGCGUUUAUGCUAUCUAGAUUAUGCCUUUCUCAAGAUCGUCCGAUCUUUUUUUUUUUUCGUGACACAAUUGCAUGUUUAAGUGUACACGCCGCUAAACUUGCGAGCGUUCUCAAUGUACGAAGAGCCUCACACGGAUCUUUUUAUUUUUAUUUGAUUGUACUUUGUAUUAGCCGCGCUUGUUCCUUCCUAUAGCGAAAUUGUUGAUUUAUGGCGUCUGAUUAAGCGUCUCUGGCUUUCGUGUCACAGUCGCGCUAUAAUAAUUUUUUCAGAACGUGAAAGUCUUUAUACUUUAUAUGUACACCCAAAGCUUAGUCGUUGGGAAAUUAAUUUGUGAACAUUUCAUAAUUAGUUGAUGAAUCACCGUCAUUUGUCGUGACGGUUGUGUACGCCUCCCCAUAUAGCCCACUUGUACUACAGGCAGGAUCACGCUAUCCGCCGCAGGCUAUUUUUUUUUUUUUCAGUUUCAAUAGAUAAAGAAAUCGCGCUGUAUACGUAUUAUGGGCAAUCGCCGAUACCUUCAUCUACGUCAUGUCUUUGUGGCAACUAAAUGCCUUCGUGCCCUGUCGCCAGCUCUCUGCCUUUCUUACAACUGCGAUGGAGUGUGCUCCAGUGUGACUGCAACGCGAAAAAUACGAAUGCCUUAUCUUCUCAGGCAACACACCAGAAGUAUUGUAACUCUGAGGUUCAAUAAAGCUAAUCGAACUGCA